UUUUCCUCGACAGAUCCUGCCGCAGUGCACUCCCUCCCGCUCCGCCAGCCUCCGCUCGCCCCGCCGCCGCCUGCCGCCUGCCGCCCGCCGCCCGCCGCCCGCGUCCUCGGCUCCCGGCGCCUCCCGGCUCCCGCCGCCGCCCGCCCGCCCUCUCCGAUCCGAUCCCCGGGACGAGGUAAAGCGCCCCGGGCCGAGCCGCUGGGCCCUCCGGCCGGAGCGCCCGCCCUCCGAGCUCGCCCCAGUGGGUGUGGCUCGGCCUCUCCCGCGCCCCGCCGCGGCGCUCCGCUCCCCUCCCCCCGCACGCGCUCCGCCGCCGCAUUUCAGCCUCCUCUCGCGGCCUCCAGCUCCCCACCCCCCUCCGCCUGCGCCCCCGCCCUCAGACCCGGGGCCCCUGAGCUAAUCCUGAUGUCCGAGGCCGCCGGAAAUCUAAACAGCCUGCGCAUGGCGAACGUGGCCCUGCGAGAAGAAUUAAAUGCCCUUCGCGGGGAGAAUGCCAAUCUGGGCCUUCAGCUCGGAAGAGCCCUAGCCGAGGUUAACUCCUUGCGGGGCAACGUGUCGAGCUACAUCCGCUGGCCAGUGCCGGUGGUGCCCGUCCUUGCCGAGGAGAACUUUGAGUUCCCGCUCAGCGAGAUCGACGCAGUUCCCGAGGGGGAGCUGCCUUUCUUGUGCUGGCCCCCCCCCCGCGCGGAGCCCGAGUACGCCUCGGACGAACUGUUGAUUAGCGUGAUCCAGGACUGCGGUACCUCCGACGCGCCCGUCGACCCUCCCCCGCUGGCCCUCCCGCCCCCGCCGGCGCUGCCCCCGCCCCCAGCCAAGGAGCUGCCCGCGCAGCCUCCUCUGCCGCCGCUGGAGCGGCCCGAGUUAGAGCCCUUCUCGGGCGACCCGGUCUACCUGGCCGAAUUCUUGAUGAAGCUAGAGACCUUCAUAGCUGACCACGAGGAUCAUUUCCCCGGGGGCGCCGAGCGGGUGGCCUUUCUGAUCUCCUUUUUCGCGGGCCAAGCCAAGAACUGGGCCAUCUCGGUCACCCGGGAAGGAAGCCCCCUGCGUGCCAACUUCCCACGCUUCCUGGAUGAGAUCCGCAAGGAAUUCUGCGGCCCCAUCCCCCCGAGCGUGGCUAAAAAGGCCAUCCGCAAGCUCAGGCAAGGCCACUGUACCCUAGGCAGCUAUGCAGAUGCUUUUCAGUUCCUGGCCCAGUUCUUGUCUUGGGAUGACUGCCGCCUUCAAAACCAGUUCCUUAAAGGCCUGUCAGAAUUCUUCCGCAAGGAGCUCUUAUGGUCCACUGAAAUGGCCGACCUGGAUGAGCUGAUUCUCGAGUGUGUGGAGAUAGAGAGGAAAGUGCGCGUGCCCAAGCCGAUCCCGCUCCCGGGGGUCCGCAACAUCUUCUUCCCUUUCGCUGCGGACCCUAACGAAGACAGUGAUGAGGAAGAUUUCCACAGUGACGAAGAUGAAGAGACACGCAGGCGCAGGCUUUACGACAGGGAGCAGCGGAGGCGCGUGAGAGCUCUUCAGGAGGAGGCGAGGGAGGAGGAGGAGAAGAGGAAGAAGCAGGAAGAGAUGCGGAAGAAGCAGCUGGAGGAGAUGAAGAAGAAACUGGAAGAGAAGGAAGAGGAGGACGAGGACGAGGAGGUGGACGUGGACGAGGAGGUGGACGUGGAGACAGUCAAGGAUGAAGAGAACAAGGGUGAAUUUGUGUGCCCGGUCCCGCAGCCAGAUCCCGACGCCGACCAGGAGGGGGACCAGGAGCCGGAACCAGAGUCAGAGGAUGAGACCCAAGACGAUGACCUGGACGAGAUGAUGGAGAUGGAGCCGACCGUUGCCCACGCGUCAUCCCAGACCACUGGCUACUACCACGAGAAUUUCCUAGAUGCUUCGCCUCCCAUAGUGCAGCCCAGCAGGAGGAGGAACCAGAAUCGCGUCCCGCUCCUGGAGGGCCUUCCGGGCACUAAUUCGCCCUUCUACAGUUCGCCCCCGCUGAUUCGCCGCGCGGGUCGCCUGGGGCAACGCCAAAUUCGAAGGCGGCCCCCCGUGCUGUUCCGCCUCACUCCGAGACAGGGGGGCCACCGGGCCGCCCGUGGCCGAAUUCGCGUGUGAGAGCCGGGGCGAGCUCGCCGCGCAGAACACACCCUUCUACAGCGUCCCCUGCCCCCGCUAUCGCUGCCACGCCUGCCCUAUUUGCUGACCAGUACUUGAGGGAGUUCCAGACCUGUGGAGCCCGAAGAAGACCUACAGAACUCCAGAGCGUCUUGCACCCGUGACCAGAGAGUGACACGUGUCCAGGCAAGGCCACCCGAGAAAGAAGGGAUCAGCAGUAGCUGUCCUCCUGGAGUGCGCUCUGCUCAGUCUUGCCACGAGCUAGAGAGCAGGUUUCUGGCCUGUUCCCAUAAAAGAACUGGUCGCCCUCUUGUAAUUUCCCCUCUGGUUGUUCCUAACCCUCACCUCUCCUGCGUUUAGUCACCCUGUGUUCUACGGUUUUAUCCUCGGACUGGUUCACCAGGACUGCACCCAAUGCCUCACUGAUCUGCCCCCACGAGCGAAAGGACAGGCUACGCCGAACUCCUAAAGCCAUUGAGGCCACUGACUCGAUACAAUCGACAGAGAGCAGGAUGGUAUCAAGAGAUGUACGAGAAG